AUGGCGAGGAGAUGGCCCGCGAUAUCCCCAACACGGACAUUCAUUGUCUACGGGCAGGCGUUUGCCACCGUCCCAGUCGAGACGCUGACCGUGUCGAAACGCGACGCGGCACCCUCGGACGGGCAGCUUGUUAGCAGCGCCAGCCGCGACAACCCGCUCCUCAACCUCGCUACGCUGUAUGACAUGACGCCGCGUGCACGGCUCGGCAGGGCCUUUCAUAUCUACAGGAAGUUGGUUGAAUCGUACAGCCAGCGCAGCUUCUCGUUCAAGGCUGACAUCUUGCGCGGCUUCGCAGGAAUGUUCGCCGUGCUGGACGAGCACCUCCAUAGCACCACGCUGCACGGGCUGUCGGCGGCCGUCUUUAGCCACACGCUGCUGUGGACACCCGCCGCAAGACUACCGCGCCGCGGUACCGAGCUGCCUACCUCUUUGCAGUCCACGCUGGGGGAUCCGGACCGGCAGUUCCCCAUCUGGUCCUGGGCGGGUUGGGACGGCGCCGUUGAGGACCGCGUGUUUGAGAAGGCGCGUGGCGAGGGCGAGUUUCUGCUGCCCCCGCCACUAGUCAAGUGUUUCGAGACGGUCAGCUCCAAUGGUCAAACUGUUGUCGUUGAUGUGGCCGAGUACAGGCCUGAGCCGCCGCGGGCUCUCCCCACGCCGAAGGGAGGCGGGGGAUGCGUCUGGCAGCGCGUCGCUCAGCUGGGCUUUGAGAAAGGCAAUCUCUUCCAGGGCGUCCUCUAG